AUGACGAACGACAAAUCUAAAUCGAUCCUUAUUAUAGGUGGAUGUGGUACCUUUGGACUUUCUACCGCUUGGCAUCUUUCCAAGCGAGGAUAUAAUCAAAUUGUUUGUUUAGAUCGAUGGCCAUUCCCCAGCAAAUCUUCUGCUGGUUAUGAUCGUAAUAAAAUCGUUCGCACUGCUUAUGCCGACCCUAUGUACGUGAAGUUGGCUCAAGAGGCACUCGAAGAAUGGAAAACUCCAAUCUUUAAAGAUGUAAUCAAUCUCUCAGGUUGGGUCGCUGGUACUAGUGAUGCGAAACCAGCACCAUCAAAAGAGAAAGAUCAAUCAGAAGAUACUUCUAUCAGUGCUGUUGGCGCUUUUGACAGACUUCUUCAAACCUUACAACUUUACAGUAAACCAGAGCAUUUAACUCUGCUUCAUACUCCUUCUGAUUUACAUGACCGGUUUCCUAAAUAUUUUGCUAAUACUCCUGGAUUUAGAGGCGUAUUAGAUUCAAACGCUGGUUGGGUUGAUGCUGCAAAAGCUUUAGAAACAGUUGGAAAGCUCUGUGAGGCUAGUGGAGUGAAAUUUGUCACUGGUCCUAAAGGCACGGCGGUUUCCUUGGUUAGAGCUACGGAGGAUAAUCUGGAAAGUGAAGUGAUUGGUGUGAAGACUGAGGAUGGAACGGUUUUCAAGGCUGAUAAGAUCAUUUGCUGUCUUGGAGCUUACACGGAUACUUUACUUGAUAUGGAGGGACAACUAACCGCGGUGGCCUACAGCACAACUCAUAUCCAACUGACCCCGGAAGAACAAGAGGAGUAUCGCAAUAUGCCUGUCAUCUUGGUAGAGGCUUUAGGUUACACCUUUCCACCUGACGCAGAUGGUCGUCUCAAGUUUUGCGACUUGCACGUAGGUAAGACUGUGCAAGGAAGGUCUAAUCCAGUUUCUAUUCCACGAGAUGCAGCGUACCACGAAUCAGAUAGUCUACCAGAAGAAGACAUCAAGGAAGUCAGAGAUUUCAUCAAGUAUUGUAUGCCACAAUUUAGUGAACGAGAGUUUCUCCAAACCAAGAUGCUCUGGGACACUGAGUCAUUUGACUUUGGAUGGAUCAUUGAUUCUCAUCCAUCUUCACCUAAUCGACUAUAUGUUGCCACGGGUGGUAGCGGUCAUUCGUUUAAGAAUUUACCAAAUGUAGGCAAGUAUGUUGCUGAUAUGCUAGAGGGUAAUUUGAGUGAAGAACACAAAUCAGCAUGGAGAUGGAGACCGGACAAGUUAGAUUCCAUACCUGCUAUCAAGCGUGUUGAUCUUUCAACCCUACAUGGGUGGAAGCAUGACUCGGAUUGA